AUGGCCACCACGUUCUCCACGGCGCCCGCCAUGUCCCAGCACGCACAUGCCCCCUACCAGCAGCACGCCUUUCGCAAGUCGACGCAGUACUCGCCCACGAGCACGACGAUGAAUACGCCGACCAACGUCUCGCCGACGUCGCCGCGCAACACACAACUGCCCCUCGCUCGCCAUCAGGGCAUCUACCAGCCCCGCACGGCCAUAGGCAUACCGGCGGCGCUGCGCAAGACGGAGAAGCCAGGCAGCAAGUCACCCCCCAAGGUCGAUUCGGGCAUGAGUUCACCCAGCAGCGGCUGGAACGUCAACGGCGGCUUCAGCACCGGUGCCCAGGAUGGCCAUGCGACGCCCAUUGGCAACGAGGACAUGCAAAGCCUCUACAACGACACGCCCAUGUCGCCCGUCGCGGGGCCGAUUACGCGCAACCACUGGCAGGCUGACGGCUCCACUUCGGUAUGCUCCGCUUCCAGUUGCCAAGAACCGUUUGGCUUCUUCCAGCGUCGCCACCAUUGCCGCAAGUGCGGUGGCAUCUACUGCUGGCAGCACUCGGCCAACCAGGUACGCCUCGAUGAGCUCGCGCGGUUCCAUCCAGAGGGUGCAUGGCAUCGUGCAUGCGAUCGCUGCCACAGCUCUUUUCGCGAGUGGCAACACCUUCGUUCGAGCCGGACCAACAGCGAGAGCUCGGGCAGUAGUGGGGCUCCAGUCCAGUCCAUUGAGACGCCUGCACCAGCAAAGCGCCCCGAGAACCAGCGCGUAGGCAGUCUUGCACAGAGCCUCCAGGGCGCAUGGAACUGGAGCACCUUCUGA